AUGGCCACCACCCCCGCCGUUCUUCGUCUUCCUCGCGAACUGCGAAAUAUGAUAUACGAAUACACCGAUGACUUCCCUCGCCAGAAAGUGCUUUUCGUCAAGCCAUUCACGACCAACGAGACCCGACAGAAACUCAAGAUCUGCGGACGCUGCAAGAAAGCCUGCGAGACCUGCCAGUGCAACCGACCCGGCCUGCUCCUGGUGUGUCGCCAGAUCCGAGACGAAAUCUUGAACUACGUCUUCUCCAUGAAUAUGAUCCAUUUUGACGACGAGUGCUGGAUCAAGUUGGCUCGAAUCCACGACGAUCCAGGCAUCGAGUACCGCUCCCAUCCCGAGCUCCGAUCGCUCUGGGCCCGGGCCCUCGACCACGCGCACUCCGUCAGCAUCAACCUACCCCGCGACAAAGGAACGCGUCUGAAAGCUAUUAUGUCUACUCUUCCACACAUGCCCAAUCUCAGGGAGCUCUUUCUCAACCUGCCCAAGCGCAACAACAAGUGGGAGUGGCUCGGAGACUUCUAUCAGCUGCUUGACGGCAUUGAGACCCUGCGGCAUGUCAAGCUCGGGAAAGGAUUUGAUGAGCAGCUUGGCCAGGCACUUCUCGACAACGUCCUCUGCUCGGCGGAACUUGCUUGCGGAUGCCCUGGCGUUGGGAAGGCAAACCGCGACCUUGACUACAAGUUCCCUCUCAUAGAGACAGAGCUGCAUAGAAUGGGUGGAUGGCGACCGAUGGCGAUGGCAAUUCUUGGAUGCCACGUGCGCAGUGGCGGCCCUGGCACAAGGCUCGCGGGUGCCAGUGUGUCUUCCGUUACCAAGACGAGGCAGGGAAGCGCGUGGAGCAACACUAAAGACGACGACAAGGACGACGAUAACGACGGGGAAAGGGAUAGAUACAGGGAGGACAAGGACGACAAGGACGACAAGGACGACGGGGAUGAACAAAUGAUCAAAACGAAAUAA